AUGAUUUGCUGGGGUCAACGCGACUGCUGCGGCAUCUUUGGGGGCCGCAAGAAAUCCGAUGAUGGCUGCGAAUGUUUGCCCAACAGCUGCAUACGCGAUUUAGCUCCAGAGUAUCGCUCUGUAGUGUGCGAGCCAGAGCUGCACAAUGUCUAUGAUAAUCUGGACUUGAACAAAAGUGAGCAUUUUGCAGAGCUGGACACAAUGCUGCGGCUCAAAAGCAUCUCCAGCGGCCUCAAGUAUGAGCCACAAAUCAAGCAGACUAUGGACAUAUUAGCUGAGCGACUAAGCGAACUGGAGUUUAAAGUUGAAGUGUUGCAGAUUGAGCCGCGCUGCAAUGAGCCCAAGGGUUAUGUCAUAUUUGCGGAUUACUUUUCAUCAAUCAAUAAGCAUGUGGUGCUGGUGUAUGGACAGGUGGAUGUACCACAGGUAACUGAGGAUGAGACAUGGAGUGUCGAGCCUUUUCAGCUAACUAAGGAGCAGAACAUGCUGUAUGGCAAAGGCGUGGCAACGUCCAAAGGACCUUUGAUGUGCUGGCUGCAGGCAGCAGCGUCUUGGCGUGCGGAGACCAACGAUUUGCCCAUUAAUUUGCGUUUUGUUAUAGAAACAAAUUAUCAUAACAACAGUCGCGGCCUGCGUGAGUUGAUAGCAGGCAGAGAAAAGUUCUUCAAGCCAGUGGAUCUGUUGAUAUUUCACAACAACAACUGGAUAAACGAGCGUGUGCCGCUGCUGACGACAAAUCUGAAUGGCUUCAUCUACUUUGAGCUGGAGGUGCGAGCCAAGCAGAGUAGUGAGGGGCAGCAGCCGCAUGAACUGCUGGGCGAGCUGUGUGCGCUGAUGAAUACGCUAACGGAUGCCAAAGCGGGCGUGAGCAUCAAACAGCUGCAGCGUCAUGUGCUGCCGCUUAGCCCACACGACUGGCAGCUGCUCAACGAAACGGAGCUGGGCAUGCAACAGUUGAAGCAAACAUUUGGCAUCAAGCGCUUGCCACACGAGCAAAGCAAGUGCGAGUAUCUGAAGCACAAGUGGUGCCUGCCCAGCCUAACGAUGCACGGCGUGCAAUUUGCCACUCAGCGCAGUGUGUGCAACUUCCACACGCCACAACGUGCUGUAGCCACAUUCACUGUCAAGCUGGUGCCGCAGCAGUCGCUGAAGUAUGUGAAAUAUUUGGUGCGCGACUAUUUGGAUGCUGCCUAUCGGCGACUGCGCUGCCAGCAUGCUGCCUACUUGCGUGUGGCAAGUGAGCUCAAGCCGCUGCAUACAGCACGCCACACCCCCUUCAAUGCGGCAGCGCAGCGCGCCUAUAACGAAAUCUUUGAUGUGCGCGCUGUCACCGCCGAUGCCAUCAGCGGCUGCUGCUCCAUUAUCAAUGAACUACACAAACAUUGCAUGCCCAAUGCUCAGAUCAUGGGCUUGCCCUUCUGCUCCAUACAAACGCAGCCACAGCAGCCGGAUGAGCAGCUGCCGCGACGCCACUAUGAAUACAAUCUGGAGCUGCUGGUGAACUUCAUCUAUCAGCUGGCCAUCAUACCCGUCGACUGCAAGUGCAGCGUCAUCAAGGACUUUUGCUACGAGCAGGGCAAGUCCACGGAUCGCGACUAUGCGCGCAUGAUGAGCAUGCGUGUGGACAACACCAACACCAAUGUGCUCUACGAGCUGGACGAGUUGGAUGUGGAGCGAAACCAUGAUAAAUCUGCUACUUCCGCUGCUAGAGUGGCGCCCAAGCAACGAAUAUCGCAAGUUGUUAUAAGCGGAGGCGGCCCGCUCGACUAG